UUGAAUAAAAUGUGAUGGAGGACUGACGAGGCCGCCCAGCCAUGUUGAGAAGUCUGUCAAGCAAAGUCCAGCCCGCCAUUGUGUAGACAAGCAGGCUGUGUAGGGAGAUAGGGGCGCUCGGCUGGAAAUACUCCACUCGCUACACCGAUUCACCACCCUACCGCCUUUCACUUAGCUGUAAAUAGCGUUGCGCAGUCCGCCGGGGAAAAAGACAUGUCCGCCAGCAGCCUUCUCGAACAGAGACCGAAAGGCCAAGGAAAUAAAGUGCAAAACGGAGCUGUGACCCAAAAGGAUUCCUUGAAUGACGAUGAGUUCGAGCCUUAUUUGAAUACUCAGGCCAGACAGAGCAAUGCCUAUACGGCCAUGUCGGACUCCUACAUGCCCAGCUACUACAGCCCCUCCAUAGGAUUUUCCUACUCCCUAAACGAGGCAGCAUGGUCCACAGGCGGCGACCCUCCUAUGCCUUACCUGGCCUCCUAUGGACAGCUAAGCAACGGGGAGCCCCACUACCUCCCGGAUGCCAUGUUCGGCCAGCCGGGCCCCUUGGGGAGCAAUCCUUUCCUGGGCCAGCAUGGCUUCAACUUCUUCCCCAGUGGCAUCGACUUCUCUGCGUGGGGGAAUAGCAGCUCUCAGGGACAGUCGGCGACGCCGCAGAGCUCUGGCUACAGCAGCAGCUACGCCUACGCUCCCAGCACGCUCGGUGGGGCCAUGAUUGAUGGACAGUCCCCUUUUGCCUCUGCAGGCAAUGAACCCCUAAACAAGGCGCCUGGCAUGAACAGCCUGGACCAGGGCAUGGCCGGUUUAAAAAUUGGGGGUACUGCUCCUGGUGGUAACGGGGACAUGACUCCUAAAGUGGUUGGUUCUGGCAUACCUGGAGGGGGUCCUCUCGGCCCUGUGUCAUCUGUAGGACCCCCAAGCAUGCCACCUGUCUCGAUCGCCCCUGCCAAGCCUGCCUCCUGGGCGGAUAUUGCCAGCAAGCCAGCAAAGCCUCAACCCAAGCUGAAAACCAAGGGUGGCAUGGCUGGGGCCAAUUUGCCGCCUCCGCCCAUUAAACACAACAUGGACAUUGGCACUUGGGACAACAAGGGUACCGUCCCCAAAGCUGUUACGCCUCAGCAGGUGCCCCAAAUUCCCAGCAAUGGACAGCCACCCAAUCAGGCUUCCCCCCAGCCUGGAUCUACAGCGGCAGGGAACCCACAGAUGCCCCUCAGCAAUGGACAGCUGGUAGCCCCUGUUUCCCAGAUGGGGCAGCAUCAGCUCCCACCUACCGGGCAGCCUGGUAUGGCUCAAAUAUCCCAACAGCCUCUUUCCCAGGGGCCCCCACCUCUUCCAAGUCAGCAGCAGCAGGCUGCUCAGCCCACUCGCUGGGUGCCCCCACGGAACCGAGCAAAUGGAUUUGGCGAUGCCGGCGGGGGUGGUACAGGCCAGUCGCCUCCCACCUCUUCAGGGGCGGGAAUGGUUCCUGGGGUCCCCUCUGAGCCUCACCCAGUCUUAGAGAAGUUGCGGAUGGUCAACAACUACAACCCAAAAGACUUUGACUGGAACCCCAAACAAGGGCGGGUUUUCAUCAUUAAGAGCUACUCAGAGGACGACAUCCACCGCUCCAUUAAGUACAACAUUUGGUGCAGCACGGAGCACGGAAACAAGAGGCUGGACGGUGCCUACCGCUCGCUGGGCGCCAAGGGGCCGCUCUACCUCCUGUUCAGCGUCAACGGAAGUGGACACUUCUGUGGCGUGGCGGAGAUGCGCUCGCCCGUGGACUACAACACGUCUGCUGGCGUGUGGUCGCAGGACAAGUGGAAGGGGCGCUUUGACGUGCGCUGGAUCUUUGUAAAAGACGUUCCCAACAGUCAGCUUAGACACAUCCGACUGGAGAACAACGAAAACAAGCCAGUGACCAACUCUCGGGACACGCAGGAGGUGCCGCUGGACAAGGCCCGGCAGGUGCUUAAGAUCAUCGCCGGAUAUAAACACACCACCUCCAUCUUUGACGACUUUUCUCACUACGAGAAGCGGCAGGAGGAGGAGGAGUGUGUGAAAAAGGUGGAGGUCCAAGGCAGCGAGCCAUAUCCCAGCAACCCCAACAACAGGAGUCAUUACAGGCUGCAGGACCGCCAAGGACGAAUCAAGUAACAGUCAGUGCUUUUGUCAAAAGACUGCAAAGGCCCGCACCUCCCUCUCCCGACUGCCCGGCCACCCCCCCCCCAUUUGCAUCAAUGCAUCCACAUCUCUUUAGGAAAUUCUAAAACGGGGUGAACAAUUAACCAAGGACAAGAGGAAAACUAAAUGAAGACUUUCUUGAUUUCUUUUGACUUUGAAGACUUACUUGGAACUUGUAGUAAUAAAAACGAAGAAAAGGAAACAAUUAUUCCUAGGACUACAACUUAAUGCAUAGCAUCCUUAGGUGAACUUUUUUCUGUUUUCAUGCCCCACCCUAUUCCACUGCAUAUGCUUCCCCCCACUCAUUUUUUUAAGCAAAAGGGUCAUCCUGGUCGUGUUUAUUUUUUUAAUGCUCAAGAACAAGUCUGUAAUAAUAGUCACACAAACAGUCACGUCGAUAUUUGCGUUAAAGGUGUCCUAAUGUCUGACAUGUGUGCACCAUGCCUUCUGAGGACAGCCUGGACACAGCUGAUCUUUUUUUGAAAGACCACAAAUGUUGACUAUGUUCCAUGACCAUGUUCCUAAAUAUUUGCCAUGUUUUUUUUUGCUUGUGUCUCUUCUCUUUGAGAUGAACAAGCACCCCGCUAUGGUUUUGCAUGUGUUGGACGGUUCGUGUGGGGACGCGCGGAGGAUCUCAAUAAGGAAGAGUUGUCGGCAAGCAAAAAAAGAAAAAUGGAGGUCAAGAGUUAGGAAGCAGAAUUAAGUUGAGCAUUGCUCUCAGUAUCAUUUUUAUGGGGCCCGUCUAACUCGCAGUCUUCAUUGGACUUAAUAUCCCCGCCUUUUUUCUUUCCCUUGGAGACAUUCAUUAUUCAUUGUUGCAAUGAGCUGCUUUCACUUUAUUUCAUUUUUUCUUUCGGCCUUUUCUAACGACAGUGAUGCGAGUGGCCUUGCCCCUGCUCUUUCUAUUAAUCGGUUCCAAAUAAAUGUUAUAUUAAGCAGAACUGGUGUGCGUUCCCCUUGUUUCACUCGGUCACACAUUUGUAAUCACCACCCCUCAAAUAAAAAAAUGUAAUUCCAACUUUCAUAUUUCCAACCAACCUUUUGCCAUCAUUUCCAUGACUUUAAGCCCCCAAGCUUCUCUAAUCCACUAACUUGGCCCUGCUGCCACCAUCUCAACUUUUUUGGUUUCUGACCGCUCAUGCCAAAUUAGCUUGUUUUUCUUUUCUUGUUCUUCUUUUAAAAAUGUCAAUUUUGGCAACAACAAAAAACACGCAAAGGCCUCUUUCAGAACUACUGGCUGUUAUUUGUGGCACAAUAAAGAGGCUCAACAAAGA